AUGAGAAUGGAUUUCCAUGAUAAAAGCAAUUAUUAUACGAAUAUACGAGAGCAUUUUUGCAUAAUUAAAAACAAAAAUAUAACUGUAAAUCUAAGCAAACCAAUUAAUAAAAACAUCUUAUUGAAUGCUAAUGAAAGUGCAACAAAUUGCGAAUAUGAGGAAUCCUUGGAAGAGAACUUAAAUCUAAAUUAUAAAGGGAACAAUAGUAAUAUUAAUGCUAGUCAAAUUGAUAGCUUGAAUUGUAAUAUUAAUUCAAAUAGUAGCAAAGCAAACGAACAUUUAAGUAACUACCAAAAUUGCAACGGUAGCUAUAAUUAUUUUAAUAAUGAAAUUAUUAAUAACAACAUAAAAAAUCAUUCGAAAAAUGUUACGAAUGAUUGUAACUAUAUUUUGCUAACAAGUGCAUCACGUAACAAUAUAAAUAAUUGCAACGAGAUUAACAAUUUGAAUUAUCCAGAUGAUCAUUGUAUACUUAAAAAAAAAAAGAAAAGCUAUGAGUGCAUAAAUAAAUUAGAUAUAAAUAUGAGGGAAAAUAUAAGUAAUACUGAAAAUUUAUCAUAUGAACAAGGAGAUGAUAAGAAUUUGAGAAAUGAAAAAAAUGUUAGUAAAAGUAACAAUUCAGAAAACUUGAAAAAUAAACCUUAUACAAAUAAAUUUCAUGAAGGAGACCCCUUAGUUAUAUCAAAUGAAACAUUACAAAAAAAGAAUACUUAUACAAAUAAUGAAGAAUCUAUUAAUUUUGAUUAUGAAAAAAUUAAUCAAAAUAAAGAAAAUAAUACAAAUGCCAAUCCAGAUUUUAGUAAAGAUGCAAUAAAUAAUUCAAAUACUAUAAAAAGUAAUGAAGAUUUUAAUUAUAUUUACAUGAAAUAUAGUAAUGUGAACAAUCCUAAUUUAAUCAUUAACUCUAAAAAUGUUCCAAAUAUAAAUAAAAUGAAUUCAAAAGAUUUUUUUAAUAUUAAGAACCAGAACACAUGUAUUAGCGACAAUAACUCUGUAACUGAAAAUAAUGCUGCGGUGUUAAAUAAUAAACACGAUACUGAUGAAGUUGUAAGUAGUAACAUUAAUUUUUCAAAUAAUAUAUGUGAGGAUAAAAAAAAAAAUUUAAUAAAUAAUAAUUUAACUAUUAAUUAUAAUAAUUAUGAUAAUAAUACUAAUAACAGUAAGCAUAUGAGUAAUAAAGAUCAUGAUAAUAAAAGUAAUAGAGAUAAUAAUAAAAAAAAUAAUAAAGAAAAUAACAAAAAUAACAACAAUAAUAACAGCAACAAUAAUAAUGAUAAUAAUGAUAAUAAUAAUAAUAAUAAUAAUAAUAAUAAUAAUAAUAAUAAUAAUAAUAAUAAUAAUAAUAAUAAUAAUAGUAAUAAUAAUAAUAAUAAUAAUAAUAAUAAUAGUAAUAAUAAUAAUAAUAAUAAUAAUAAUAAUAGUAAUAAUAAUAAUAAUAAUAAUAAUAAUAAUAGUAAUAAUAAUAAUAAUAAUAAUAAUAAUAAUAAUAAUAAUAAUAAUAAUAAUAAUAAUAAUAAUAAUAAUAAUAAUAAUAAUAAUAAUAAUAAUAAUAAUAAUAAUAAUAAUAAUAAUAACAAUGACAAUAAUAAUAAUAAUAAUAAAGACAAUGGUAAUAAUAAAGAAGAUGAUAAUAAUAAAGACAAUGGUGAUAAUAAAGAAGAUGAUAAUAAUAAAGACAGUGAUAAUAAUAAAGACGAUAAUAAUAAUAAAAACAAUGACAACGAUAAAAGUGACAAUAAUGCUAAUAAUAGUAAUAAUAAAGAUAAUAACAAUAUAAUUAGUGAUAAUGAGAAAAAAAGAAAUAUAAUUGAUACCAUUAGCAGUGAUAACAAUACUAGUAUUAAUAAUAAUGUUAAUAAUUUAAAUAUUAGUAAUAAUAGUAAUAAUAAUAUGAAUAAUUGUAUAAUUCAUGAUAUGAAUAAUAUUAUUAUUAACAGAAAUAAUAUAAAUAAAAAUAAUGAGAAUAUUAAUAAUAGUAUUGAAAGUAAUAGCAAUAAUAAUGUUGUAUAUGUUAAUAAUAUUAUUGGUAAGUUUAAUAAUAUAAAUAAUUACAAAAGUGUAAGUUCUAUGAAUAAAAUUAAUGAAGGUCGCAGCAUUAAUAACAAAAUUUAUACGAAGUGUUUAAACAAUUUUGAUAAUAAUGAAAACAUUAUUAAUUUAGGUGAAAAUAUGAACAACUAUAACCAAGAUAGUUUGAAAAUGAAAACAUUUAAUAACUUUAAUAGAAUAAAUAACUCUAGCAUUAUGAAUAAUAUAAGUAGUUUUAAUAAUGUGAAUAAUAUGAAUAACUUUAAUAAUGUAAAUAAUGUAAAUAAUUUCAGUAGUAUUAAUAAUGUCAAUAGUUUAAGUGAUUCGAAUAAUGUUGGUAAAUUUUUUAAUGUAAAUAAUAAUGAAUUUUUUAAUGUAUAUAAUAAUAAUUUUAAUUUAAACAAUUCCACUCAUAUAGAAAGUGCAAAUACAAAAUAUAUUCAUAAUCAAAAUGUAAAUAAGCUAAAUAUUAAAAAAGGUACUCAACAAGAAACCAACAUCUUAGAUUAUAGUCUUAAUCAAAAUAAUAAUAUUUGUGAAAAUAGCUAUUUAGAGGAGAGUAUUAAGGGUCAGGUAGAUAUAAACAGUUUAAAUGAAAGUUAUAUGAAUUAUCAUAACAAUUUACAUAAUAAUAAUGAUAUGUUUUAUAAUGAUUAUAAUGAGAAAAUUUAUUUAAAUAACAUACAAGCGAAUAAAUUUCAUGAAGAAAAAAAAAAUAAUAUAAUAUUUUUAAACAGUAAUACGAAUCAAAAAUAUGAAGAAAAAAUGACUCCAAAAAGUUGUAUUAAUUACGAAACUCUGAGUCAGAGAAGUAUAAAGUUAAAUGGAUUAAAUACACAAGAAAGUGAUCAUUUAAAAUUUAUGAUAAAAAAUGACUUCAAUAAUGAUAAAAGAAAUUUAAAGGAUUUAAAAAAAAGUAUUGAUAAUAAUUUUACCGAAAGAACAUCAAAUACUGAAGAUAUUAUGAAUUUAUGUAAACAAAAUGAUAAAAUAAAUUUAGACUUAAAAGAUAAUAUAGAAAAUGAAAAACAAGUUAAUCAGAAUUUAGAAGAUAGCUUAAAUUAUAAUGAAGCAAACACUUUAAAUUUAUUAAAUAUUGCAUUUAAUGAAAUAUGCGAUGAUAAAAAGAAUUUAAUAGAUAAGAUUAUUACAAAGAAGUUUAAGCAUAAAUUAUCGAAAAUAUUAAGUAAUAUAAAUUCAGAAAGUAUAAAAAUAAAAGGAAAGCAAUUAAAAAAUUUGAUAUUAAAUAAAGAUGGAUUCAACAAAAAUAAGAUAAGUGAAGAUAAAGAAAAAGAAAAAAAUAUAAAUGAUAAUAUAAAUACAUUUAGGGGUAAUGAUACAAAGGAGGAUACUUACAUUUUGAAUAAAAAUAUGAAAAAAGAAAAUGAAAUUAAUUUAGAUAACAAUAACCUAGUUGCAUUAAAAACUUGUGAUGAAGAAUUAAAAAUAAUCGACGAUAAAAUUUUAGAAAAAUCUUUUGAAGAAAAGAAUAUGAGAAAUAAAGACAACACAGAAAAAAAAAAAUGUAAAAAUGAAGUAAAUGAAGCAAACGGGGAAAAAGAAUUAAAAGCAGAAAAAGAAAGAGAAAAAGAACAAGAACAAAAAAAAAAAAAAAAAAAUAAGAAAAAUGAAAAGAAUUCUGGUUCAAAGGAAGUUACAUUAAGUGAUACUAAUAAUUCUGUGGAUAAAAUUAGUUUAAAAUAUAAAAAAGAAAUGAAAGAAAAAAUUAAUGAAAAUAUUUCAAGUCCCCAAAAUGAAUAUAAAGCACAAAACCAAAAUAGCGACACUUCCUCAUUAAGGGAGGAUAAAAGUUUCAUUAAUGAAAAGCAAAGUAAAAUUUUUAAGGAUACUACUGAUGGGUUAAAUAAAGUGGAAGCAUAUGACCAAAAAAAGAAACAUGAACUAAAAGAAAAUGAAAGCAUUUUAGAAAAUAAAAAAAAUGAAACUGAGAAAACUAAUUGCAAAAAAAAUGAGUAUGAGCAAGAAAAUGGCAUUACUCAAAAAAAUAUAGAAAAAGAAGUUUAUAAUGAAAAAAAAUUGAAAGAAGGAAUGAUUGAAGAAAAGAAAAAUGGAAAUGAUAAUGUUAAUAAAGAAAAAAAUGUUUAUAAUGAUGAUCUUGAUGAAAAUUCAAGCUAUGAUGAUGAUGAUGAGGAUUUAAAUUAUGAUGAUAGUGAUAAUGAUGAAAGUAAAUAUAUAACUGGAAUUAAUGAUAGAUAUAAAGAAACAGUAAUAGACAUUGAUGUAAAAAUAAAAAGAAAUAUAGUAUUUUUUAAUUUAUUGAAAAUUAUUAUUAAAAAAAAAACGUCAGAAGAUAUGUUAAUAUAUUUAAAUUUGUUAAAUGGAGUUAACGUUGCAAAAAUAUUUGACUAUUUUACACAAUUAUCUUGUGAAGUUUUUAACGCUUUAUUAAAUUUUAUUGAAUUAAUGAAAGAUUCUUCAACUUAUCGAUUACUUCUCAAAAAUUUAGGUGCAUGGAUAGGUAUUAUAACAUUAGGUAGAAAUAAGCCAUUAAUGUCAAAAUAUAUGAACAUUAAGCAGUUAAUUUUAUAUUCUUAUGAUAAUGGAUACUUAAUAGUUACUUUACCAGCUGUUUGCAAAAUUUUAGAAAGCAUUAAAAAUUCGAAAAUUUUCAAACCUCCCAACCCUUGGACUGUCGGAAUUUUAAAUUUAUUAGGGGAAUUACAUGAAGUACAGUCUUUAAAAACUAUUUUGGUUUUUGAAAUAGAAAUUUUAUUUAAUUAUUUUAAAAUGAAUGUAUUUGAUUAUUAUAAUAAAUGUAACAUUAUAAAGUGCCGCAGUUUACCAAUUAAUUCUAAUGAUUUAUUUGUUAGAAACAACUUAAAUGAAGGUGCUAAUUUGAAUGUGAAUUAUUUAAAUGAAAAUAAUGCUAAUAAUUUAGUUAAUGCUAAUCAAAUUAAUAUAUAUAACAAAUCUUCUAAUUCUUGUGCAAAUUAUUACAAUGAAAAUUUUAUACUUAAAAAUGAUAGGGCCAAUAGAGGUGUCCUAAUCAAUAAUGAUAUUAGAUUCAACAUGCUAAAUAAUUAUAAUAUUAGUUCAACUGUAACAACUAAUAACAAUGAAUUUUUUAAUUAUAAAAGUGCUAGCUCCAACUUAUUAAAUAAAAAUAGAAAAAAUGAAGAUGCGAAAGAAUCUAAUAACUUAAAUACUAAUUGCAUUAACAUGGAAAACAUAAAUAUAGUAAAUAAUAUAAACCAAGUAAAUAAUAUAAAUAUAAUAAAUAACAAUAAAAAUAUUAAUAAUACUAUUGGUAGCUAUUCCCCAGAUAUGAUAAUGUUAAAAAAUAAUAUGAGUAAUAAUAAUAAUAACAAUAAUAAUGUAUAUUCUAAUUCUAAUUUAAGUUCACCUCUUUCUAAAAAUUUUAAAAAUUUGGAAUGCUUUAAACCCAUGAGUAAAAGUAAUAUUAGCAAUGAAGUUCUUUUGAAAAAAAAUGCUCAAAAAAAAAUACCAAGUAAUAAUAUUAGUGAAAAUCAAUCAGUUUCCAUUUAUAAUUAUAUGAAUGAUUCUAAUUAUAAUAUUAUGUAUGCAAAAAAUAAUUCCUUAAACAAUAUGGAAAUAUAUUCUUUAGAUAAUAAUAUUUACAAUAUACAGAAUAAAAAUACAGCACUAUUACCACCCACUAUACUAAAUAAUGAAAGCUUAUGUAAAAGUAGUAGUACCAAUACUAAUGAAGAUUUGUUAAUGAAAGAUUUAAAAAUAGCUACUAAAAAAAAAGAAAAAAUGAAUGAAUUAGAAUUUAAAGCUAAUUCAUUUAAGAACUCUAAUUAUUGUUUAAAUAAAAAUAAAUAUCCGUUAAAUAAAAAUGAUACAUGUUACAAAAUGAUUGAUAUGAAGAAUGGAAAGAAUACAACUAAAAAUGAGAGUUGUGAUAAUGUAAAAAAAGAUUCAUAUCCUUCUUUAUCAAAUAAUUUAAUUGUAAAAAAUAAUUAUGUAGAUGUAUCAAACUUAAAAAAUGCUCCUUAUAAUAAUUCAGAAAAGUUAAAGAUGAAUGAAUACAAUAUUAAUAAGAAUGUAUCAUCACCAUCUUACGUAGCUAAUAAUGAAUUAAAUUUUAAAAACCAGGCUGUAUAUCAUGAUAAUGUUAAUGGAAACAAAUUUGUUGAUCCAUUAAGUGAUGAAAUAUUAAAUGUAUUAAAAAAAAAUAUAAUUAUAUCACCUAACAUUUCUUUACUUAAAUUGAACCCAAAGUUUAAAGCAUUAAUUUAUCUAUCAUUUGACUCAGCAAUAAAAGAAAUAAUUGCAUCUGUCGUAGAUAGGUUUGUUUUGAUUGGAUGUAUCACAACAAGAGAAUUAGUGAAAAAGGAUUUUGCAAAUGAAACAAAAGAAACAAUUUUACAUAAAGCAUCUUUGUUAAUGGCAACCAGUAUAUCUUCAUCUCUUGUUUUAGUUUCUUGUAAAAAACCUUUAAAAAAUAUUUUAGUUCAAAAUUUAAGAAAUAUAAUUGAUCAGAAUUGUUCUGAACGAAACAAUGCUAUUAUUGAUGAUAUUAUAAAAACAUUGAUUAAUGAUAAUAUAAAUUUAAUAUAUUUAAUAAUAGAACAAGUAGCUAUUGAAAAGUCUUCCAUUGAAAUCGAAGAAAUUAUGAAACCUAUUUAUGCUUCUAGAAAAUAUGCACGCAUUCAUAAGUUAAAUAUAAAGGAUAAUUCUACGAAUAAAUAUUAUAAUGCUUUACCAGUGUUUUUAAAAGCACAAAAUAUAACAUUAAAACAUAUUCAAGUGUAUAAGAAUUUCAUGAAUUUAAAAAUUUUCAAAAAAUUGCAACAAAAAUUAUGUUUUUCUAAUUCUAACGAUCAAGAAAGUUUGACAAAUGAUAAUGACAAUAUGAGCUUAAAUUAUCAAAAUAGCAAAAGUAGUGAACAUAUAUUGAAUGAUAAUUCAUGUAGUAUGUUUUAUAAUAAAAAUUUAGUAUCAAAUUCAUUAGACGGAAAACAUUAUGAAAUUAAUGAUUAUAAAGAACAAGAAAAUGAAUAUAAAGAUACUUUAACAAAAAUGAGGAGAGAAGAAUCUAAAGAGGAUAAUGAUAAAAAUAAGUAUAUAGAUGAGAAAUAUUACAAUGAAAAUAAUGAGGAUGAUGACAAUAAUGGUGAUAUUUCUUAUAAAAAAAGUGUUCCUAAUUUAAAUUAUGCAUAUAAUAACGUGAAGUUCAUGUCAUGUAAAAAUAAUAACAUAAAAGAUAAUGUAAAUUUAAUUUUAAAUAAUGUAAAUAAUAAUAAUAUGAAUUUUAUUAAUAACUUAAAUUUAUAUAACAGCUCUAAUAAUAAUUAUAAUAUAUAUAAGAAUGCAAAUAAUUCUAAUUGCAAUAAUUCUGAUUAUAAUUUUAAUACAAAUAAUUACACGAAUGUGGAUAAUAUGAACAGUUGUAGUAAUAAUCAGAUACAUAAUUAUGUAAAAAAUUAUAUUGAUAAUGGCAAUAAUUUUAAUGAGGUAGAUAGCAAUAACAAGCAAGGAUUACUUAAUUAUGAAGAAAAACAUAACAGUAAUAAUACAAUUAAUAAUUCUGCUUAUAUUAAUAAAAAUUCUAAUAGUAAUAAUAUAAAUAAUAUUGUUAAUGUUAAUAAUUAUUCUAGUAAUUACGUCAAUAAUGAUAACGUUAACAACACAUGCAAUUCUAUUAAUGCUAAAUAUAUGAAAAAUAUGAAAAAUUUAAAUUUGAAAAGUAGUAUGAAAAAUUCUUUAUGUAGUGAACAAAGUAAUAAUACAUACGCAUAUAACAAUUUUAUGAAUAAUAAUAAUAAUAACAAUGAUAUAAAAAAGAAUAAUGUAAUAUAUAAAAAUAUGGUAAAUAAUGAUAUUGUAAAUAAUAGUCAUAUAAUAAAUAGAAGCACAAUAAAUGACAUUCCUAAUAGCAACAGUAUGGUUAAUAAAAAUAUGAUAAUGCAUAUUGAUUCAGUAACAAAUAAUAACAAUAACAAUAGUAAUAUGGAUAAUAAUAAUAAUAAUAAUAAUAAUAAUAAUAAUAAUGCAAAACAUAAUGAUUUUAAUUCUUGUUCUUUUAAUAAGACAGAGUACAAUGAAAAUUUAAAUAUGAGUAUAAAAAAAAUUAAGAGUAUUGACUUAUCAUGCAAAAAAAAGUAUUUAUUUUUUAUUUCUGAAAUAUUUUUAAAAGAAAAUAUGAAAAAAAUAAAUUUAAAAGAAUCUAUAUCUCUUUUUGAAUUUUGCAUGUUAAGCAUUAAAGAAUAUGUAAAAUAUAUUUUGGCAUUUCCUCCUAUUAUACCAACAAUAAAUACCUUUAAUAAUUAUUGCAAUAUUAAAACACCAUUUUUUAAAUUUGAAAAAAUUAUAUAUGCAGAAAUACCAUCUCUUCUAUUAAUAUCCUCUUUAUCAACAAAUCACGAAAUAUUUGUUUUCUGUAAAAUUAUUAUUCAUAUAUGUGAAAAAUCAUCGAAUAAAGAUGAUGUUUACAAAAUAAUAGGAACAAAGUUAUACAAAUACAUACAAGAAAUCAUUAAGCAAAAUAAUAUAAAUUAUUCUAAUAAUAUUGAAAACACAGAUACUGCCAAUAUAAAUAAAGUUGAAGAUGCAGACAAUAAUAAAAAUAGUUCACUCAAUUAUAAUAAAAUAAUGAAUUUAAAUGCAGAUAAUAAGAUUAUAAGUCAUGAUAAUAUUUUGAACAGAGGUGGAAUUAAUGAAGCAAAUAUUCUUUUGGAAAUACAAUUAUGUAUAUUAGAAAUGAUGUGUAAAAAAAGUAAAGAACUAAAAAAAUUAAUUACUUCUUAUAUACUAAGUUCUCCCUAUCAUAAUAUAAAUCAUAUUUCUUUAUUCAUUCGUUACAAUAUUAUUCAUUAUAAAAAUUUAGAUAAUUGUAUGGCUAAAUACUUAAAGAAUUAUAAUCAUAUGAAUAUUAUAGAGUUUUGCACACAGUUAAUUUAUAAUUUAAUAAUUCAGAAAAAGUAUUUAAAACCAGAACAUUUGAAAAAAUCUUUGAAAAAAUUAGCUAAAAUAGAUGCAAUGUUAUCUAAUAAUAAUCAGUAUAUUCAUAUUCCACCGGUAGAGAAAAUGAAAUUAACAAAAGUUAGAGAUAAUUUAACAGAAAUGAUUAAAGGAAUUAAAAAGGAAAAAAGAAAAAAAAAAAAAAAUGAAGAGCCAGUAAAAAUUUUAAGAACUCUAACAGAAUACAUAUACCCAUCUAAAUAUAACAGUAAUAAGAAAAAAAAAAAUAAAAAUGAUUUAGAAAAAGAAAUUAAAAAUAAGGUAGAAACAGAAGUGGAUAAAAUGGAAGAGAAGAAAAAAGAAGGAAAUACGGAAAAAGAAGAUAAAAAUAAAAUGAAAGAAAGAAAAAGAGAAAAAGAAAAAGAAAAAGAAAAAGUAAUUAAAAAGAAAAAAAAUGUAGAAAAUGAAACAUAUGGAGAAGAUGUAGAAAAAAUAAGUAAACAAAAAGCAAAAAAUAAGUAUUUAGAAAAAACAGAACAAAACAAAAUGUUACCAAAAAGUGAUACUUUAAAUAAUAAUGGAGAAACUUAUCAAAAUGAUAGUGACAAUAAUAAAUACAUAAAAACGCUAUCACCUAGGUUAAAUGAAAAUAAUAGUGAAUCAUUUUUAUUAAAUAAUAUAAAAAUUCAAUAUGAUAAUGAUAAUGUUGAUGAAAAUACUAUGUUUUUAUUAGAAAAAUUGAGUUAUGAAAAUAAAGCAUUUAACACUGAGGAAAUAAUAGAAAAAGAAAUUUUACACAAAAAUUAUGAUGAUUUAGAAGUAAACAAACGAGAAAGCUUAAAAAUAGAUGAUACUAAUAUUAAAAAUGAUAAAGAAGAUUACAACUCUUGUUUAAAAAAAAUAUACAUUAAAAACGAAGAUUCAAAUACAAACAAGAGAGAAACUUUAAGUGAUUCUCAAGAAAUUAAUAAAAAAUGUGACUAUAAUAAUAUGAGUGAUUCUUCUUUAUAUUCUAAUAAUUCAAAAGCAUCAAUAUCAGCAGCAACAUCAUCGGAUUAUUCAUCAUAUUUUUCUUCGAAUUCUUCUUUAACACCUAAUGCAGAAGAUAAUUCUUUAUCUUCAUCAUAUUCUUCUGAUUCUUGUUCAUCUUUAUCGGAUGCAUCAAUUAUAAGUAUAUUAUCCUCUUCACACAAUUCCAGUGAAUCUGAAUUGCAAAAAGAAAUGAAUUUAAGCAUUUUGAGAAAGCAAAAAAAUGAAAUAAGAAAUAAUAUUUUAAGUCUUAAAGAAAAUAAAAUGAACAAAAAGUACUUGAAUAAAAGAACCUUUUAUAUAACUGAUAUAUUUAAUGAUGAACCUAUAAAAUGUAAGUAUUUGCCUGCUCCUCCAGUAAUAAAUGAAGAAAAGGGAGUUGUUAUUGCUUGCUUAUUUGCGGAAUGGUAUUUUAUAUAUAAAAAUUAUUUAAAUAUUUUAAAAAUAAGCAUAUCAAAUUCUAUGUAUGAAGCUAUAACACAACAACAUAAAUUAAAAUGUGUGAAAUUUUUUCAAAAAUUGUCAAAGCUUGGAUUUUUAAAGAUGGAUGAAACAAGUGAUCAAUUUUUUUCUCAUUCCAUUAACAUUUCAGUUAACAUAGCUUUGUAUAAUUUAGAAAAGGAUAACAUAGUUCAAAGCGAACUCACAAAGAGACAACAAAAGGAAGAAAAGAAAGAAAAAAAAAUAAGUAAUGAAAAUGAAAAUACUAGUAAACUACAAAAGAAAAAUGAUCAAAUUAAAGAAAAAGGAAAUGGAGAGAAAAAUGAAGAGAUAAAUAAAUACGAAAAAGAAAACGAGAAGGAACAUAAUGAUAGAGAAAAAGAAGAGAAAUGUGUAAAAGAAUGUGUAUCAAAUAAAACAGAUGAAUUAGAAAAGAAAAAAUUAAAUAAUAUUAUCGAUAACAAAGAAAAGAAUGUAAAUAUAGAGAACAACAAAAGAAAUGAUGGAAAAGAAGAAAAUAGUAAAAUAAUGGAAAGUAAACAACGUAUCAAUAAAGAAGAUAAAAAAGAAGAUAAAAUAAAUGAAGCCAUUAAUUGUAAAGAAAAAAUAGAACUGAAAGAAACCCAAAAUUCUAAUGAAUUAUUAAAUUAUAAUUAUAUUGAUUCAUGGUCCAAAAUGAUUAUAACUAUGCUAAAAUUAGUAGAUACUGAACAAAUAUCUCCAGUGGUUAUAUUACAAAAAGUUUUAAAUGUAGUAUGUAGGGUUAUUCAUAAAAGGUGUGAAAUUGAAAAAAAGAAUUUUAAUCAGAGACCUUAUUUUAGAUUAUUACAUUGCUUAUUAAUUGAUAUUAAUGAAGAUUGUGUACAUUCCAAUGAUAUUUUGAUAUAUUUAAAUUGCUUUGCUAAAUCUUUUUCAUUGUUAUCUCCCUUACGAGUUCCUUCUUUUUGCUUUUCAUGGUUGCAACUUAUAUCAUCAAAAUAUUUUAUGCCAAAAUUAUUAUCAAAUAUUAGCUGUUGGGGAACAUAUAAGAAGCUAUUAAUUGCACUAUUCACUUUUUUAAAAUUCUUUUUAAAAAAAUUACAUAUAUCCAAAGCAAUUGAGACACUUUAUAUAGGAACAUUGAGAAUACUUCUUGUAUUACUACAUGAUUUCCCUGAGUUUUUAUGUAGCUAUUAUGUUACUUUUUGUAAUUUAUUUCCUUUGAAUUGUAUUCAACUAAGAAAUCUUGUUCUCUCUGCAUUUCCGAGAAAUAUCAAACUUCCUGAUCCAUUUUUGUCAGAUUUAAGAAUUGAUUUAUUACAAGAAAUUAAGCUAGUACCUAAGAUUUUGACAAAUAUAAUUUUCCCUCUUUUUAAAAAUAAUCUUAAAGAUUUAAUUGACGAGUAUUUUAAUAAAAAAGAUUAUUCUUUGCUUUUUCAAAUAAAAGAAAAAUUACUGUUACCAAGAAAUAAAAUUUAUCAAUUUUUUGUUAAGUACGAUGUAGUUGUUAUAAGUUCUUUGACAUUAUAUGUAGGAACUUGUGUUUGCAAAGCAAAAGUAAAUAACCUAUUUAAAUUCAAUAACAACUGCGAUCCAAUAUUCUUAAAUAAGUAUCAAGGAGAUUCUCUAAAUGAUAAUGAAGAUAUUCUGCAAGAACUAGUUUUGAGAAAAGAAGAAAAUUCUACCCAAAAAAAUAUUAAUUUAUCAAAUCAUGAACGAAAUAAAAAAGAAAAAGAAAAUAAAAAAAGCAGUGAAAUUAAUUUAUCAAAAAAAUAUGUAGAACUUAUGGAAGAUAACACUGAAAAUAAAAGUCUUAUAUCAAGUAAAUUUAAUAAUUCAUAUAACAUAUUAAAGAAUGAUGAGGAUAAUAAAAAAACAAGGGCAGUUACAGUUGUUAAAAAUAAUUUAGCUUACACAUUAUUUUUAUUUUUAUCAAAAGAAUUAGAUAUGGAAGGUAGAUAUUUAUUAUUAUCAAAUAUAGUGAAUCAUAUUAGAUAUCCAAAUUCUCAUACUCAUUAUUUUUCUUGUCUUAUUCUGUUUUUAUUUUCUCAAUCAAAUGAUGUUAUCAUUCAAGAACAAAUAAUUAGAGUUUUAUUAGAACGUAUUUUAGCACACAGACCUCACCCAUGGGGAUUAUUAAUAACAUUUAUUGAAUUAAUAAAAAAUACCAAAUUUAACUUUUGGGAGUGCCCAUUUAUACAUGCCGCAACGGAGAUAAAAAAAUUAUUUCAAUCAGUUGCUCAGGCAUGCUUAGGACGUGCUUAA